AUGGUUCUCAAAUCCUUCGCUUCGCCUGAAUGGCGGUUAGACAAGCCCAUCCAUACUGAGCGUCCCGUGAGGGUCAUCUGUAUCGGUGCCGGGGCUUCAGGUCUGCAGCUGGCGUACAAACUCCAAAAGCAUAUCAGCGGCUUCAGCUUGAUAGUGUAUGAGAAGAACCAAGAGGUAUCGGGAACAUGGUACGAGAACAAAUAUCCUGGCUGUGCUUGUGAUGUCGCCUCGCACAACUACAACUGGUCGUUUGAGCCCAAGACGGACUGGUCAGGCUUGUACGGCACUAGCCAAGAGAUAUACACCUACUUCAACGAUUUCGCCGACAAGUAUGGCCUUCGCCAGUACAUCAAGACACAACACCAGGUGGUAGGCGCCAAGUGGACUGGAUCCGGCUGGAACGUUUCCAUCAAGGACCUCACAACGGGCCAGACCGUGAUUGAUACGUGCGACAUUCUCGUCAACGCUGGGGGGAUCCUCAACAACUGGAAGUGGCCAGACAUUCCAGGACUGAACAAGUACAAGGGCACCCUUCUCCACACGGCCCGCUGGGACGAGUCGGUAGACCUAAAGGGAAAGACUGUCGGACUGAUCGGUAACGGAUCAUCGGGUAUCCAACUCCUUCCAGCCAUUCAGCCGCUAGCGGAGAAGGUCACUGUGUUUAUGCGCGGGCCAGCCUGGGUCUCGCCGUGGCCUGGGCUCGAAGGCCGUCCGUACACAGACGAGGAAAAGCGACGGUUUGCCGAGGAGCCUGGUCACUUGCUUGCCUAUCGCAGGAGCGUCGAGCGUGGAAACAACAGUAUCCUUCCUGUCUUCUUCAAGGGCACGGAUGCCAACAACAAGGCCCGCGACGUCAUGCUCAAGAUGAUGAAAGAGAAGCUAGCAGGGCACAAAGAACUGGAGGAGGGACUGAUACCAACAAGCUUUGCCCUCGGCUGCCGUCGAUUUACUCCGGGCUCUGGAUAUCUGGAAGCCCUUGUCCAGUCAAACGUUCAAGUCGUGUUCUCCGGAGUGGCCGAGGUUACCGAACAAGGGUGUAAAUGUGGGGAUGGCAGCGAGCACGCAGUCCCUGACGUGCUUAUCUGUGCCACUGGGUUUGAUGCCUCGUACCGACCCCGGUUUCCCAUUGUGGCCGGCACCAAGAACCUGCAAGACGUCUGGGCACAGGACCCCGAAUCCUAUCUGGGCCUCGCUGCCGCUGACUUCCCCAACUACCUCACGAUCCUGGGCCCCAACAGCCCGAUUGGGACGGGCCCGCUGCUGAUUGGCGUCGAGGCGCAGGCCGACUACAUCGUCAAGAUGAUUGACCACUGGCAGACCCACAACAUCCGGUCCUUUGCGCCCGAUGCGGCGGCCGUCCGGGAUUUUGUCGCGUACAAGGACCAGUUCAUGAGCAAGACGGUGUGGGCGGAUCCAUGUAGGUCUUGGUACAAGUCUGGGUCGUCCAGAGAUAAAAUCACGGCCUUGUGGCCCGGGUCGACGCUGCAUUACCUCGAGGCCAUCAGGCAGGUUCGGUUCGAGGACUGGAAGUUUGAGUACGAGGGCGGCAAUCGAUUUACGUAUCUGGGAAAUGGGCAGAGCCAGACAGAGACGAACCCAGAUGCGGAUUUGGCGUAUUACGUUCGCGAGGAGGACGAUGACCUGCCGCUGGCGAGGAAUAAGAUGACUAGGAUUAUCAACAAGACUGGGACUGUCGUCGGGGCUGAGGGGACCGGUGAGGGUUAG